AUUUUCUCUACAACACACUCUAUAAAACGCGAACACAAUCAGCAAUUCUGAACACAAAAAUACACGACUGAGCUAGUUAGAGAAAAAACAGAGACCAAUUUUCUCAAAGCUUUCGCUUCAAUGGCGUCAAGGAGACUCUUCAAUUCAAAAGCCAAUUACAUCUCCCAAAGCCCAGAGAGCUUCAAUUCAGUCACAACGGGCUCCCAUUUUGAGUUCGACGAGGCCGAUGUUUACAAUUUCAACGAAUCCAUACAAUUAGAGACUAAGAAAUCAAUACUCACCUCCCUUUCGAAGAAGAUUUCGAGGAAGAUCGAUAAGCGAGACCGAGCCAACACGGUGACGUCCGCGUCAUAUCCGGUGAACUUCCGGGACUGGUCAAAGGAAGAUCGUUCUCGUAAUCAUCAAAACAGAGGUAACUAUGACGAGGAGGACGACAACAGUGAUGACAAUGACGAUGACGAGGAGGAACACAACAGUGAUGACGAUGACAGGAUCCCGCCUCAUGAGUACUUGGUGAAAGUCAGAGGAGCUUCACUUUCCGUUCAAGAAGGGAUUGGGAGGACGCUUAAAGGGAGAGACCUUUGUCGCGUAAGAGAUGCCAUUUGGCAGAAAACUGGUUUCGAAGAUUAGCGAUGCAUACUUGCACAUUUCGUUAGGAGUGAUUGGGUUUUUGUAUUUUCGUUUUUGGGUUGUUGACAUAUUGAUCCACCACUGUUUUUGUUUUGAUAUACUGAUUAACCCCUUGAUGGGUUAAUUGGUCCUCUGGUUCUGAGGUGCUUGUUUGUAUGAUCAGAGAAUGGGUAUGCCCUAUAAUGAAGCCCAGAGACACUACUGUUUCUUUCA